GCAACACGCUUGGAGGAAAGACAAGUGACGCCACUGACCGGAGCCGGUCACGUGACUGUAGUUCUAUUUCCUUGUUCCUGGGUUUUUUUUUUUUCGCCUUCUGAUAUCAAGUGCUCGCAUCGAAGGAGAAAAUGUCCCAUCAGACUGGAAUUCAAGCUUCUGGGGAGGUGAAAGACAUAUUUGCCAGAGCCAGGAAUGGAGAUUAUAGACUUCUGAAGAUUGUGAUCAAAGAUGAACAGCUAGCACUCGGUGACACCAAGCGGGCAUCUCAGAGCUGGGAGGAAGACUAUAAUUCCUUCGUUCUCCCUCUUCUUGAUAAGGAUCUACCAUGCUAUGUUUUAUAUAGACUGGACUCUACUAAUAGUCAAGGACACGAGUGGGUUUUCAUCGCCUGGUCGCCAGACCACUCUCCUGUGAGGCAUAAAAUGCUUUAUGCUGCUACCAGGGCUACAGUGAAGAAGGAGUUUGGUGGUGGGCACAUUAAAGAUGAAAUAUUUGGCACUGUAAAGGAUGAUAUUUCUCUGAGUGGUUACAAGAAGUACCUCAUGUCCCAGUCUGCACCUCUUCCACUCACUGCUGCUGAAGAGGAACUGCGACAGAUGAAGCUCAGCGAGGUGCAGACUGACGUCAGUGUGGACACCAAGCAGCAGACGCUGCAGGGUGUGGCUUUCCCUUUGCAUGGGGAAGCCAUGCAGGCAUUGCAGAAGUUCAAGGACAAGAAGCUGAACUACGUCCAGCUGAAAAUUGAUUUUGACAAGGAGCUCAUCAUGUUAUCGAACACCGAACUGACAGAACUGAAAGAUUUACCCAAGAGGAUUCCUAAAGAUGCCGCACGCUACCACUUCUUCCUCUACAAACACACACAUGAGGGAGACCACCUGGAGUCUAUAGUGUUUAUUUACUCGAUGCCGGGCUACAGCUGCAGUAUUAAAGAGAGGAUGCUUUACUCCAGCUGUAAGAAUCCUCUCAUGGACAUGGUGGAGAACAAACUGCAGAUGGAAGUAGAGAAAAAGAUGGAAAUUGAUAACGGGGAGGAGUUGACGGCUGACUUCCUGUAUGAAGAGGUCCACCCCAAACAGCAUGCGCACAAACAGGCGUUCGCUAAACCCAAAGGUCCUGCUGGAAGGAGAGGCGAUCGCAGGAUCACUCGACACCCCGGAGACGGCGAGGAAGCUGAUGAUUAAACAUACAUCUGACCACAUUCCCUCUUUUCCCUGUACUCCAGUGGAGCAUUCCAAACAAUGGAGGCCUGUUUUACACAAAGCUAUCUACCUUUAAAAAAAAAAAACAAACAAACAAAAAAAAGCAUAUGUAUAUUUUGUCCCCAAAUCAACGCAAAGACAGCAGCAUAUGCAUAAUGAACUAUGCACGCAUUGGAACUUAAUCAUGUGGUGGUUUGACCUCUGUAGCUAACUAAAUUUGGUGAUGUGAACAAAAAGUGUGUAUUAAUGCCAGGACUACACAAUCAAAUCUUACUCUAAGUGCAGUACCAUAAAACAUACAUGUGACACUGGCAUCAUUAGUAGUAAAUACCACACAUUUAUAUGUUUAGAAACACCAGCAUGAAUGUUGGUAUAACCCAAUCCACUAUAGGAAGGUGCCAUUUACCUCGGUAGAAUGUACCAUUUUGAAAAUCUCAUGUAUUGUGCAAAGGUCAGUGAGUGCUGUAAGAGUUGUUACAUUAUUGGAUGGUUACUACUUUAGCAUGAGCAUGUACGCUCUGAAAUGUGAACAAGAACAAAAAGACCUCCACGAAACCCAUUUCUUUCUUUCAUUUUUGUUUUUUAAAUUCCAAAUUUAAUGUCUGUAAAAAGUUUUGUAUUUUUACAUGAGGCCUAAGUUAUAGAUGUAUUCAACACAAAACACUGUAUGCUCACAUUUACGAACUCUGGUCACAGAUAUUUUAACGUUAGACAUUGCUUUUUAUAUCACAAUAAAAGUAUCAUUUUUGAUAUGA